GCCCGCUCCUGAGCUAGGACCAGAUUCAAAUGUGUCUGACCUGAAUUAUGAAUUUUAGCGUUAAUACUGCGGAGGGCGGCGAUGUCGAGGUUGUGGUCUGCAUCCACGCGCCAUGUCCAGCGCCCGACGUGGAGAUCACUGGAGAUGAUUGCAACGUGCUGGUGGUGACGGCGGAGGGGCUGACCACUCCUCUGAGCGUGCCGCUGCCGACGGGCGUGGACCCUGACACAGCACGGGUUCGCUGGCGCGGGAAGACAGGCCGGCUGACCUUCACCGCGUCGCCUGCGGCAAAAGCUACAGCUACCUUGGCAUCAUGUAUAGCGGGUGUGUGCGCCGCUGCAUCACCAGGGAAGCCCAGCUCACUGGGUUUUGGAGACGCUAGCGCAGCAGCUGUUUCAAACAGCUGCGAGGCGGUCGCCCGAAGCACGGCGCCCCCACCUCCGCCGCCCGCAACAGCAGCAAGGGCCUCGGCAUGCACCAGCUGUAACUUGCCCUCUACAUCCUCCCAAAUAGCAGCGGUGGAAGCAUGUCCCCGUGCGGCGCCAAAAGCUCCGGCGGUAGCGUCCCCAGCAGCACCGGCGACCGCGGCUCAGCCUGCGCCCCAACCAGAACUGGAGCAGGCGGGCGUAUCGCCAACUGCAUCAAAGCCCAGCCAGCCUUCCAAUGCAUGCGUUAGCGCAGCCAGCGCCACGGGUGCAGCAGCAUCGUCCAGCCCCGCGCGCGCUGCUACAGCCACACUCACUACCGGCGCAGCUGCUGCAGCUGCUACUGCCGUGGACGACGCGGCCCUCUACGCUGACUUCUACUGCAACUCGCCACCGGCCGUCCCCACCGACCCACGCCCCUUGCACGGCGUCUCCCCUCCGGCGGCCAGCGCUGUCAGCAGCAGUAGCACCGCCGCCCCUGACAGCCCCAUCCACAGCAGCGACAGCUGCCAGAGCGGCAUCGGCAGUAGCAGCAACAGCCACGGCGCCAGCAGCAGCAGGAACAGCAGCAAUGGCGGCGAUGGCGUGGGGGUGCGCGGCGACGCGCGCGUGAAUGCCGCGAAGGUUGCUGCGGCCUUUGAGCCCACCGGUGGCACGGCCAGUCGGGAUGCCGGCUUCUCCUUCACGGCGCCCGACCUGCCGCCGCCGCCGCCUCUGCCGGCGGGGCUGCCGCCUGUGGCGCCUGCCAUCGACUGCCGGUAUCUGGCCAUUGCCAACGGACUGCGCAUCACCGCACACGCGCAGACGGCCGCCAUGGCCGAGCUGCUAGGGCUGCGCAAGGCGCCCAGCGGUGCGGCGGCGGCUCGGCAGCGGGCCCGGUGCGGGUCGCUGCUGGACCAGGUGGCCGCUAGCCUGGACGCGUACGGGUACGCCGUACUGGACAACUACGUCAGCGAGGACGCGAUCCGGGCGGCACGCAAGGAGCUUGAGGUGAUGCACGAGCACUACAGCCCGGGCCUGAUCUGGGUGGGCAAGGAGGCCGAGGCGGGUGCCCAGAUCUCCGUCAACGCCGUGCGCGGGGACGUAGUGCUGUGGCUGGAUGACGGGGCGCUGGGCGCCACCGCCUUCGUCAAGGACGGCGUCAGGCGGCCCUGCGGCUUCCUGCAGCUGCAGCAGCUGCUUGCUGACGUGGACGAGCUGGUGUUCGAGGGGCUGCGGCCGCGGCUGGCCUAUCUGGCUGGGCUGCACAGGCGGAGUGACGCCAUGAUGGCCAUUUACCCGGGCAAGGGCGCGCGCUUCGCCAAGCACAUCGACAACACCACUAUGGACGGGCGGCGGCUGACGGUGCUGACGUACCUCAACCCCGGCUGGAAGGAGGAGCAGGGUGGAGCCCUGAGGCUGUUCCCCGUGCGCCAGGGUGCCGCCGAGCAGGUGGACGUGCUCCCUGUGGCGGGGCGUGUCGCCGUGUUCUUAUCGGCCGAGGUGGCGCACGAGGUGAUGCCCACCCACGGCGCGGCCCAGCGGCACGCAGUGACCCUGUGGUACUUCGACGCGGGCGAGCACGCGGCAGCACUGGCGGCGGCACGGGUCAUGCCGGGCGCCACCAGCAAGCCCAGCGCCCAGGCCGGAGCCACCGCCCUGCUGAGGGACCUGCUGGCGGAGGAGGCGGCCAGCGGCAUACCCGAGACCAAAGACGGGUGCGCCGCGCUGGGCACACGUGUGGCGCGUCUGGAGGCUGGCGCGCAGCAGCUGCUGGCAGCGGUGCUGGGGCUGCCGUCCGCCGCAGCGCUGGUGGAGAGCUUCAGGGGCCUAACGCCGUCGGCACUGCGGCAGCGGCGGCAGGAGCUGCGGAAUAUGGGUCUGAACCAGCAACACCACGCCCCCGACACCUCCUCACACAUGACGCACGCCCGCUGAGCACGUUCCGGAAGAAACUGGUUGGGGACGCUGGGGACUCUAGGCAUCCAAGUUGCCAUCCAAAGUGGCCGAACUCGCACGAGCACACUCGCUCGGGCUCCUGCUUUGCAGCUGUAAGGAUAUGUAUGU